GUUUUUCUAAGUGAUGUUUUUUUUAUCUUAUUGCCCAGAAUGCUAUCGUACUGCUGGCUUCUAUAUCUCCUUGCUGUGAAGCAGAUUCCUGCACAGUCCACACCACGUCAAAAGCCGAAAGAUGAACUUGAUGGCUUAAAUAACCUCGGACAGCUACCUGACGCACAGUUUUACUUGAAUUCUCAUUCGUCAGAAAGUCGAAAAUCUUCAUACAGUGACAAGGAAAUUCACCAGUUGUGUGAAGAGUAUACCUCGACGGGAUAUCGGCUACAAGGUCAGCAUUGCUAUAUAUUCGUCAAUACGGUGCUUGUAUGCGGUCGAGAGAAUGAGCGGGACGCGAUAUACGAGAUGAAUACGGGGUCGCCUAAGCAUGAAAGUUUGAUCACGGGGAGGCCUUAUGAAGUACAUUGUUCGGGUAUUCUUGCGCUUUUGGAUCAGUCGAAGGCUUCUGAUGAGCUAUGAUGGGCAGAUGAUAAGGAUAGAUAUCGUUAAUAUUCUCCCUAUUGUUAUGUUGGACUGUUUGCACACCUGCAGUUUAUGACUUUGUUGAGACAAAUACUUGAAAUUGUAAGAAAAUAAUCUAUAAUGGCCAUAUGGAGGGUGUCAGACCUUAAAAGAUGCCUGGCAAUUUGGUAUCCAGCAGAAUAUGAUUUAAU